GAGCAUUCAUCACGUGGGAGUGGAUGAUCCAGUUCUAGUUUGGUAUAUGGUGUGACAGCAUAAAAGUACCUGAGCAGGAGGUUUAUUCACAUACUAUCUGACAACAUGAAGGUCCUGCUGCUUACGCUGCUCGUUGUGCUGCUGUGUAGCACCCAGGUGCUCACGCUCAAAUGCUACACCUGCGAGAGUGAGCAUGACAACAUCUGUAAGACAGAGACAGUGUGUCCAGAAUCAGCGCAAUACUGCAAAACCACCCAGAAAGGUGACCAAUUCUCUCGAUCUUGUGAGGACUUCUGCGCUCAGGACUAUUUCACAAUCUGUUGCAGAGAGGAUCUGUGCUAGGCCUGAAGUGCCCUCCCAUUUACUUUCACUUUCUGAUGAAUCAAACGAUGAAAAUAAAGAAUGAAAUAUAAUGAAUUAGGCACGAUUUGGUCUUUUAUCCAAACCGAAUCUAUCAAAAUCACACACAUUUGAUUUGAGUUUGACUCACUUUAUUCUAAUCCUAGCUGCACACUGGUUAUUGCAGUCAUGUAUUGUUUUUCUUAAUGAAUAGAUGCGGGAAGCAGGGCAAACAAACCCACACCCUCUUAAUCCCUUCCCAAGUGACUUAGUGGGUCACAGCAACAGUCUAGUGCUAUGUGGGUCACUGUCUGUCACUGCUGUAAUAAAAAUUUUACUUUUUUUCAAACUGCUAAAAAUAAGUAAAUAAAGAUUCAAAGGUUUUCUGAUCAA